AUGAAUACAACAUCACUAGAGGAGGAUAUACCAAUGGAAAAAACAUUUUUUGCACACAUAUGUGAACAAUAUUUUUAUUCAUCAGAAUGGUUAACAUUUACCGUUUUUAUAUAUGUUACAUUUGAAUUAGUAUUUUGGUCGUAUAAUUUAUUUCUUGUCUAUAUUGAAUAUCAUGAUAUACCUAUGUUUGAAAAAUAUCGAAUACAAAAACGUAAGCCAAAACUUCGUUUUCAACCAGAAAUAAUUCUUGAAAUUAGAAAUGAAACAAUAAAACAUCAGUUAUCUUUAAUUUUUACAUUAUCACUGAUUUAUCCAUUACUAAAUUUGAAUGGUCAUGUUUCUGUUCGUUCACCAAUUCCACCAUUACUUACAAUUUUAUGGCAAAUAAUUGCAUGUCUAUUAACAGAAGAUUUUAUAUUCUAUUGGACACAUUAUUUAUUUCAUACUCGUUUAUUAUAUAAAUAUAUACAUAAACAACAUCAUAUUUUUAAACAACCAACAGGUUUUGUGUCUGUUUUAGCUCAUCCAUUAGAAUCAAUAUUUCAAAAUCAACUUGGUGUUUGGCUUGCACCUUUUUUAAUUAAAGAUAAACAUAUAUUUACAUUAUGUUUAUGGAUAGCAAUACGUGUUUAUCAAACGAUCAACGCUCAUAGUGGCUAUGAUUUACCAUAUAUAAGUCCACAAUAUUAUUUUCCAUGGUUAUUAUCUGGUACAUUACAGCAUGAUUAUCAUCAUCAGCAUUCGAACAUGAAUUAUGGAAGUUUUUUAACGAUAUGGGAUCGAUUAAUGGGUACACAUAAAAUACAAAAAGAUGAAUAA